AUGAUUGGAAGACUUGCUCAGGCGGUCCGCUCUCUCGAUGGCCGAGAUCCUCCACCAGACAAUACAGAGGAGCUAGGGUUGCCCCCCAAUAGUAAGCAGGCAGCACGAGAGGCGGCCAACAAUGAGAAGCGAAUUACAAUAACGGGAACCGAUCACAAUGCGCUGAUUCCAACCAACGACAAGCUUCUUGCUUUUCGUUCCCUCACAGGCAUCGACACUGUCCCUGCCCUGUCAAGCACCGGCCAUGCUCGGCGCGCUGCACCCAACAUCGGCUUAUAUGCCAGAGUCGUGCAAGCAGAGCAAAAGGCAGCUCACAACUAUCGCAUCUUCCACGGCUUAAUCAACUUCUGUCUUGGGGCUCAAAUGGUCGUCGGCGCGGCGUUGACCGCAAUCGGAGCAGCCAAUGGCUCUCGCCACGCGGUUACCGGACUGGGUGCUAUGAACACAAUCAUGGCGGGCAUAUUGACAUAUCUCAAGGGCUCUGGUCUUCCUGACCGAUACAAAGCUCACGAGAGCCAAUGGAGAGAGAUUCGCGAGUAUAUUGAGCAGCGCGAGCGAGAACUUUGUUUACUGGACUGCACUCUUGACGCCCAAGAAGAAGUUGCCAUCGUGGAGGAAAUGUACAACCAAGCCAAAGCUGAGCUAGAAGAGAAGCCGUUUGGACUUCGUGCGCAUUUUGGAGGGAGUCACCAGUCUCAGCGAGGGACUCAUGAUAGCUCGAUAAGGUCUGUAGUGCAUAGAGCAGCUGUCAAGGUAGCUCAAUCUACAGAUGCACCAGUCACACCGACGCCGCCGCCGCCGCCAGCAUCAAAGAGUUGA